GUACACACACACACACACAGUCAGACGGACACAUCUACACCUCACAGUGUAAGCUGGAGCAGCAGGCGUGUUUGGCGGGGAAGGAUCUGUCCGUUCUGUGUUCUGGAUUAUGUCCGUGUGUCACGGCUGGAGUUCAUCAAGCAGAACCCGAGAUUAAGACGAACCCGGAGACUUCAGCCGAACCCGAACCGGAUCCAGAGAUCUGCACCGGCCAGGAUCUGGCAGAUUUGGGCGACAGACUCAGAGACUGGUUUCAGCUUCUACACGGGAAUGCUAAACAGAACAACUCUGGAAGACAUGGACAAGCCACAGCGUCAGUGUUCGAGCGGGGUCUGGUGGCCGGCUGUAAGGACUCCAUCGGCUGGAUGUUCUCCAAGCUGGACUCCAGUAAUGACCUGUUCCUGGAUCAGUCCGAGCUGGCCGCCAUAAACCUGGAGAAGUAUGAAGUGUGUAUCCGGCCGUUCUUCAACUCGUGCGACUCCUACCGGGACGGGAAGGUUUCCACGGCUGAAUGGUGUCUGUGCUUCUGGAGAGAGAAACCUCCAUGUUUGGCUGAAAUCGAGAGGAUCCAAAUACAGGAGGCGUCUAAGAGGAAAGCAGGCAUGUACAUCCCCAGUUGUGAUGAGGACGGCUACUACCGGAAGCUUCAGUGCGACCGAAGCCGAGACGAGUGCUGGUGCGUCGACCCUCAGGGGUCAGAGGUCACCGGGUCCCGUAUCCAUGGAAACCCAGACUGCGACGAGCUGCUCAGCUCUGGAGAUUUCAGCAGUGGCGUCGGCUGGGAGGACGAGGAGGAGAAAGACACGGAUGAGAACGGAGAGGAAGAAGAGGAGGAGGAAGAGGAAGAGCCGGGAGAGAGUGAUGAUGGUGGAUACAUCUGGUAAAACACCUUCAUCAUGUGAUCAGAUGAAACGUGUGGCGUCCGGCGCACCAACAAACCACCUGUCUUACACUUCCUGAAACA